AUCAGCUUGCUCUCUCCCACAAUUCAACAGGCACCAGAAGGAGAGAAGAAGAGGGCGACAGAAAGUAUUUAAAUAAAUAGAUUGUUGUUGAAGUACUACAAUACAACAUAAAUAGCCAAAGCUAAAACGGGGAACCUUUGCAACACACUUUUGUUUUAUUUAUUUUUUUUAUAGCUAGCGAGUUACAGUUGCUUUCCAUGAAAUGUGUUUGACUGCUAAGCUAGCCGACUGGCUAAACUAAGUAGCUAGCAAGUUAGCUCAGCUCGGUUCCGGCCUAAAAUAGCUAACGUUAGCUCCAUUUUCAGAUUUCGGGAAGAAAAAAAAAACAAUUCAAGUGUACAUUACCACGUAUGCAGAUGUUCAUCUAACGAAAGCAAGGGAAUGCUGAUGGAACGUUAGUCCAACUGAGUCACCAAUUCUAGUCAUGCAACGGGGAUGAGCGCUCUGCAGUGUGUAUGACCAGCUGUCUCCAGCCUGAUGGGAGGACUCUGUGGAUAGCAGCACCGUCUUCAGGACUCCAGGAGGAGAGUAGCCGCCCCUGCCAAGGAGGGCCGUUCAGAAUGAAGAAAAUCAGCCUUAACACCAUCCGCAAGUCCCUCAACAUCAAGGUCAAGGAGGAAGGAGGGGGGGACUUUGUCAUGCUCCAGCAGCCCUCGCUAGCGGCCGACUUCUCCAAGGAGGAAUCGCUCUUCGGGGGCUGCUACACUAAAGAUCUUGCGGGCUGCAACCUGGGAAUUGGUGAUGUGGGAGAGGAGAAGGCGGGACACAACAAGGGCCGGUCUAAGAGCGAGAGCCUGAUGGGUUCUCUGAAGAGGAGGCUGUCGGUCAAGCAGAAGGCCAAGGUCAAAGGUGGCUCAUUAGCCAUGGGGUCGGCUGACGAUGAUGACACCUUCUCCUCCUCCUCGGUCCCAAUCAGCUUCAACGAGGUCAAGGCCCAGCGUCCGUUACGAUCAGCGUCGCUCCGUAGCCACCAUUACAGCCCGUCUCCCUGGCCCCUGCGGCCUGUCGCUUCAGAUGAGGCCUGCAUCAAAAUGGAGGUGAAGGUUAAAGCCAUGGUCCAUUCCCCCAGCCCAGACCUGAAUGGCGUGAGGAAGGAGUUCCGCCACCAUGACUUUCAGAUGGAGAACAUCUUCCAGGAGCCGCAGAACGGAGACCUGAACAGUGACAAACACGUGCCUGUAGUCCUGGGCUUCACGCCACCGGACUACAUUCAGUACACCAUGCCUUUAGAGGAGGGGAUGUACCCAGAGGGGUCCCACUCUGUCCCCCACUCCUUCUGCCUGGACAGGUCGCUGCCUAUGGAGGUGGUGACGGAGGCGGACAGUAGCUCCCUCCACGCCGACCACCAGAGUCAAGAGGACCAGGAUCUGGUGAGUCUGAACCGGAACCUUCCAACGGACCCCUUCGUGGAGUCACAGUCGGUGAACGGCCUCUUCAUCGGCUCUAACGGUGUGAUGCUCCAUAGCUGCAGGGACAGGGUCAACGCUCAACAACACCCCGCUCCUCCCCAGCGCUCCCCUCUCCUGCCCGCGUUACCAAGCAACAACAUCUCCAGGACUUACUCCAGGUUCGACGGGGCAGAUGGCCACGUGGUGGCCCGGGUGAGGCAACAACUGAACUUUGACCUCGACUCUGCUCCAGGGGUGAGUCGGCUGUAUGACUCAGUCCGGAGCAGUGGACCAAUGGUAGUAACCAGCCUGACUGAGGAGCUGAAGAAGCUAGCCAGGCAGGGCUGGUACUGGGGACCUAUCACACGCUGGGAGGCUGAGGAGAAGCUGGUCAACCUGCCUGACGGCUCGUUUCUGGUCAGGGACAGCUCGGACGACAGGUACCUCCUCAGCCUUAGUUUCCGCUCCCAGACCAAGACCCUCCACACCCGCAUCGAACACUCCAACGGACGGUUCAGCUUCUAUGAGCAGCCUGAUGUGGAGGGACACACGUCCAUGGUGGACCUGAUAGAAUUCUCUGUCAAAGACUCUGAGAACGGAGCCUUCUGUUAUUCUAGAUCUCGCUUACCAGGGUCCGCCACCUACCCCGUCAGGCUGACCAAUCCCGUGUCUCGGUUUAUGCACGUGCGCUCUCUGCAGUACUUGUGUCGGUUUGUGAUUAGACAGUAUACCAGGAUUGACCUAAUUCAGAACCUGCCUUUGCCCAACAAGAUGAAAGAUUACCUGCAGGAGAAGCACUACUGACUCGGUUGACACAGACGUGAGAUGGGACAGACAACGUUAGCAAUUUGCACUUUUGGGUUCAGUUUAAGAGAUUCAACAAAGGUUUACAGACAUCCGUAGUUUGGAGACGAUCGAUUGGGUUCCAUUGGCUCUUUGUUUGUGUCCAGGGAUGUCUGAAAUUGAACCCUAUUAUGUAUGUAGUGCACUACUUUUGCCCAGAGCACUAGCUUAAAGUAGUGCACUACAUAGGGUGUCAUUUCAGAUUGCCCUUUGGCUAUUUUUGUUAGUGUCCAGUCCUCCGUUUCUCAGUUAAAGGAUUGUCGCCAAGCCUCCAGAGAGACGUAUCGUAGCAUCUCCGUUUCCCAGUUAUGGUUAAGUCAUUGUGGCCACGCCCCCAGAGAGACAUAUAAUAGACUAUCCAUUUAUCAGAUAAAGGGUUAAGUCAUUGCGGCCACGCCUCCAGAGUGACAUAUCAUAGAAUCUGUCAGGAAGUGUGCAGUGUGACUAAGUUACAGCUAACAACAUUUAUCAGCAGAGAGAUCGAAAGAUCAAUAUUUCUCUCCCCAGUUGCUGUAGUAAACUGUAAACGCUAGAAUUGCAAGCUCAGCUUUCUGACUGAAAUGUACAGAUUUAAAAUAUACAUUUCAUUUAAUUCACUGCAGCCUUUUAAGAUGUCAAACCCAGCUUUUAAUGAAACCAUAAUGAAAUACAUAUCCAGUCAGAUUGUUUUACAUUUAUUCUUCAUUUGGCUAUUUAUUUUUGAAAGAUCUCCCAACAACUCUAAACACAGUGGGGCAUAUCUUUUGACAAACAAUUAUUAUAAUUUUUUUUUUUUGCAUAAACAAUUUUAUCCUCUUAAUUUCUGAGUUCUUAAAAUAGGGUUAAUUCAACCUUAUUUCUCAUCCAUCAAGUUGGUUAAUGACAACUGCUAAUAAGAAGUGUAAGCUGUAUGUGGGUGCAUGUAGACAACUUUCUCUCUCCCACUAUAAUGGUACUAUUAGGAAAGGUACAGGAUCGUUUCUAUGUCGUCAUGCACUUCAACUUAAUACGCAUGCAUCAAUAUCAUCGCUUUUUAAAGGAAAAUAUCACUAGGUAAUUAACCUGAAGAUAAACCUUUAUUAACUGCUUCUUGUAUUAGGAGUGUCAGGAAAAGCUGCCCUAUGCUUAGCUCUGUGUGCAUGAAGGGUGUUUGAACGGUCAGACGCUGUAGAGACCUGGGCCAACUCAGUACACAGGACGGGAGUAUCGACUGAAUUCCCUCCCAGUGCAGUAAUGUCCUGCUCCAUGGAGAAUGAGAUUGAGGCUUUUGUGGGAAGUUCGCCCAAUGACUUGCAUGAGUGAUGUCACGCUGUCAUACUCUCGACUUCAUGGGCAGUUUUCCAGUUUGACAUUUUAAAAUGGAUCCACUGUCAUGCUUACUGUCAAUGUUAACCUACAUAUUCACAGUCUGGCUGGGCUGUUUUUGUAGCAGAACAAAAGGGACAGAAGAAUACACUGUAUGCUAUGCAAGUGCUUUCUAAACAGAUACUUUGACAAGGAAUCAUAGGUUUACAUCUGUUAAAAGGAUCUCCGACUACUUUGGUAGGCUGGUAGAUAUGUACAGUCUAGGCCGAGGUAGUAAAGCUCUGUUGGUAUCUAAGGUGGUUACCAUGACACCCGGAUAGCAGGGGGUAGAUAAGAGCAGACGUUGUCGGCAUGUUUUAAAAGUGUUGCAUAAAGAUUUGUUGGCGUUUUAUUGCUUUGGAAUGUAUAGGAAUGAAGGAUGUAGGGAAUGUUGUCAGUCUGGUGUAGAAGGAUUGUUCUACUCAGUUAUAUCACCAGCUGGGUGUUCUGUGUGCAAGGAGUUUCCAAUAUUCGUUUCAUUUCCUGUGACUUGUGACAUUAAACUCUGUCAUUUUGUGGACUAGUAGGGUGUUUGUUACCUGCAGGUUACACCAGGGACAUGGCUGUGUGUGAGAGGUUAUACCAAGGGAAUGGCUGUGUGUGAGAGGUUAUACCAAGGGAAUGGCUGUGUGUGAGAGGUUAUACCAAGGGAAUGGCUGUGUGUGAGAGGUUAUACCAAGGGAAUGGCUGUGUGAGAGAGGUUAUACCAAGGGAAUGGCUGUGUGUGAGAGGUUAUACCAAGGGAAUGGCUGUGUGUGAGAGGUUAUACCAAGGGAAUGGCUGUGUGUGAGAGGUUACACCAAGGGAAUGGCUGUGUGCAUGUUUUAGCAAGGUAAACUCCACUUGCUUGAAGAUGAAGCCAUGUUUUUGGGCACGAUUCCUCACCGGUAAAUUUCCAUUGUUUCCCCUUACUAAUAUUGUCCCUGGAAUGACGGCAUUAAAAAAAAGUCACAACACACAGUCCAACGUAUGAUUUCUCCUGAGCACACACAGGUGGGGUACCUGUUAAUGAAAUGAACUGAAUUUUGUUAUUAUGUCUAUGGGAUACAAAGGGUAAGACAGCAGUUUCAUAUCUAAGACUGUUGCUAGGUUAUCAAGGAACAACGAUGACUAGAAUGUGGAACAUUGAAUUGAAGAAAACAAAUGUGAAAUGAAAAUGUUUAAUUGUUUGACGAAUGUACGUUUAGUUGUAUUUUUUUUAAACAUUUUAUUCAGGGUCCGGACAAAGUGCUUGAGGUGCUUCAAGUAAUUAAAUUUGGCACUCUGAAAUUCAAGUACUGGAAUACCUUGAAAAUCAGACAAUUUCUCCAGUUGGUACAUGAGAAGUACUUGAUCAAAUAUGUUUAAGAAAAAAAUAUAUUUUUAAAUGUAUUGGUCUUGCAUAUUAAUUACCAGGCAGAGUACAGUGUUAUUUCCUCACGUUUGGCGCUCUAGUUGCCAGGUGACCACACCAGCCACUCAGCCAGGCUGGUGCAGAACUGACUGAUUUAUGUGUCACCAAACGUCACAUCGAUAGCUAAAAUGCUGGGCAAAUGUAGAUUACAUCCUGCCUUUUGUGCGUAUGGAACAUUUCUGGGUUCUUUUAUUUCAGCUCAUGAAAUAUGGGACCAACACUUUACAUGUCGGGUUUUAUAUUUUUGAUCAGUGUAGUUUACCUUUAAAAAAAAUGUACCACUACAUCACUGGACCCAAUCAACCCAUACCGUGUAAGGUGCAAAAAAUGUACCACUACAUCACUGGACCCAAUCAACCCAUACCGUGUAAGGUGCAAAAAAUGUACCACUACAUCACUGGACCCAAUCAACCCAUACCGUGUAAGGUGCAAAAAAUGUACCACUACAUCACUGGACCCAAUCAACCCAUACCGUGUAAGGUGCAAAAAAUGUACCACUACAUCACUGGACCCAAUCAACCCAUACCGUGUAAGGUGCAAAAAAUGUACCACUACAUCACUGGACCCAAUCAACCCAUACCGUGUAAGGUGCAAAAAAUGUACCACUACAUCACUGGACCCAAUCAACCCAUACCGUGUAAGGUGCAAAAAAUGUACCACUACAUCACUAGACCCAAUCAACCCAUACCGUGUAAGGUGCAAAAAAUGCGUCAGACUUUGACAUGGCGAGCAUGGUGAAUCGGCCCUGAAGAGCCACAUGAAGGGCGGAAGACAACGCUGCAUCCUGCACCGGCGCCAGUUCUACAUCGUGACCUUUUUCUCUGCAACAACUUCCAGAGCUUUUUGUUUUUACGAACCACCUCGUUCACGCAUCGCCAGCGAAAUUCAGCUUUAUUAAGCAGCCGCCGCGCUCCUGCCGUUCUGGUGGCCAAUCAGGUGCCGUUUUCCCUCACACAGCCCACCCAACCUUCUCCCGACCCGCGACUCUAGAGCUGCCAUUCAGUAAACAAGAUGCUUUUGCGUAGCUAUUAAGUAAUAGAAUCCCAAAUGCCCAAUUUUAAAAACACAAUAGUCCUAAAGCUGGAAUUGUGUAGUAAUGUGAAAUGUGUUCACCAUUAGGCAUUGCCCAAAACUCUGCUCAUCACUACUCAAAUUACAACAUCAGUACUGACUUACUGUUCAUGUAUGUAAUAAAUAAGUAGAGAAAUAAUGUAUUAUUGAGUAGAAUUUGUAAGGUAGUGAUGAAAUAGUAAGUUGUUUUUUCCCAUCAGGUUGUGGUGUUAUACUGCCACCUGGUGGUGACUAGAAGCAAUUGCAUAAAAGGAACUAUUACACAUUGAUUGACCCUUGAAAAUAAAUAUUAGUGCUUGAAAAAGUACUUAAAAGUCCUUGAUUUUUUUGACUUACCACUGUCUAUACGAACCUUGAUUUAUUGUGUGGCAGAGCCAGGCAAACAGGUCCCCAAUUGGCUAAACACUCACUGAGACUUUAUUAUGGGUGUUUCUUUGCUAUGAUACUGCAGUAGCCCCGUGUCUUUUGUUCAUUAUCACGGAGUCAAUGCCUUCGUAUGUGUGACUUUUAGAGGUUGAUGCUUAAUUCAAACUGCUGAAGCAUUUUUUUUUUUAAUUCAUAAGUUGUUUAGCAGUUGGCGAACAAGCUUCACCCAUUUUAUAUUGUUUGUUUGUUGCGCAUCUCUGCAAAUGAAGGUGAUUGUUUACAAGGAUUUGGUAAAUGCCUGUUUUUAUCCCCAUCUUGUUUAUCCUCGCUCCUAUCAUGGACAUCUUUGGUACAAUUUGAAGAAAAAAAAUGUUCUUUUGUUUUUGUGUGUUUCUUGUAUUAAAACUAUGGGGAAAGAGAACGUCGCCAUUUUGAAGUAUGUACACAAUGACUUUUAUCACCUUGGGAGAACAAAGUAGAUUUUGUAAACAGUUUUAGUCAGUGAAAAUCAUUAGUAGCUAUUAGUAAGUCCUUUUUUUUUUUAGAAGAAAAACAACUUCAGUUUACAUUGUCUUUUUCUUUUGAAAAAUAAACGAUUGUGAUUUAUUGCACAUUUUGGAUACAGUUGAAGUUUUUGUAUAAAUUAUAAAUAAAAACUAUAUUCAGA